CCCGCUGUUGAUUCUUCUCGCCGCUUCUUCUCUCACUAGCACGCGUGUUAUCCCUCCACCUGGAACUCCCUCUCGACAGGAAAGCACUAAGACCCAGACGCAAACAUGACCAGAGACAACUGCCAAGUCGUGAAAAAGACCCCCGUUGGCGAAGAGGCCCGGGUGCAGAUCUCCCACUCCACGAGAUUGUCGGUAGCAGGACCGAUCGAAUGCGAUCUCGCCGGCUCCCACCUCUUGAACUCGCCCCUCUUCAACAAGGGCUCCGCCUUCUCCAAGGAGGAGAGAAUUGCCUUCGGCUUGGAAGGCCUCCUCCCUCCAGUCGUGAACACCUUGGACGAGCAGGUCGACAGAGCGUACAAGCAAUUGCACUUCCUCAAGACGUUGCUCGCCAAAAACGACUUCUGCACCUCGAUGCGGUUGCAGAACAAGGUCUUGUACUACAAGUUGGUCCGGGAACACAUCAAGGAGCUCAUCCCCAUUGUGUACACCCCGACCGAAGGUGACGCCAUCAUCGCCUACUCGGACAGGUUCAGAAAGCCAGAAGGGUGUUUCCUGGACAUCACCGAGCCGCAUAACAUCGACAAGCGGUUAGCGCAAUUCGGCGAAGACAAGGAUGUCGACUACAUCGUCAUCACAGACUCAGAAGGAAUCUUGGGUAUUGGCGACCAAGGUGUGGGCGGUGUCAGAAUCGCCAUCGCCAAGGCCGCCCUAAUGACCCUGUGCGGUGGUCUCCACCCAGGUAGAGUCAUUGCCUGUGUCCUUGACGUCGGAACAAACAACAAGAAGUUGUUGGAAGACGACCUCUACAUGGGUAACAGAUUCCCAAGAGUGAGGGGCAAGGAGUACGACGAUUUCACCAACAAGUGCAUCAUGGCCAUGCAGAAGAGAUUCCCAAGCGCCGUCAUUCACUACGAGGACUUUGGUGUCACCACCGCGAGAGCCGUCUUGGACAGAUUUAGACACGUCUUGCCCUGUUUCAACGACGACAUCCAGGGUACCGGUGCCGUCGUCAUGGCGUCCAUGGCUGCCGCCCUGAAGUUGACCGACAGAAACUUGCUUGACUCAAGAGUUCUCAUCUACGGCGCAGGUUCCGCAGGCUUGGGUAUUGCCGACCAGAUCGUCAACCACAUGAUCAUCCACGGUGCUACCCAAGAACAGGCCAGAGCCAGGAUUUACUGUAUGGACAGAUUCGGCCUUCUCCUUACCGGAAUGAAAACCAACUCCCCAGCACAAGAAGGCUACGCUCACAAUCCAAAAGAUUGGGAGGGCGUGGACACCAAGAGCUUGGUCGAGGUAAUCGGCAAGGUUAAGCCUACCUGUUUGAUCGGCUGCUCUACACAGGCCGGUGCGUUCAAUGAACAAGUCAUCAAGGAGAUGUACAAGUUUAACCCAAGACCAAUGAUCUUCCCAUUGUCAAACCCAACCAGACUUCACGAAUGUGUUCCUGAAGAUGCACUUAAAUGGACAGACUACAAUGCCCUGGUUGCUACAGGCUCCCCAUUUCCACCUGUAGAAGGCCACGUUAUCUCCGAAAACAACAACUGUUUCUCUUUCCCUGGUAUCGGUCUUGGUGCAGUUCUUGCCAGAGCCACCACCAUCUCGGACGCAAUGAUAUCUGCUGCCGUCGACGAGCUUGCAUCCCUAUCGCCAGCACAAAACGACCCUAAGGCAGGACUUCUUCCUCCAAUCGAGGAAAUUGACGAAACUUCCGCUCGUGUCGCCACUGCCGUCAUUCUACAGUGUGUCAAAGAGGGCCAUUCCAGAGUGGAGUCCGAAGAUUCUCCUGUCGGUGGUAAGGUCAAGGUCCCAAGAGAUUUUUACGCUUGUUUGAGCUGGGUGAAGGAGCAGAUGUGGAGACCAGAGUACAGACCAAUGAUUAAGGUUGAGCAUUCAGAUGAGAUACACACCCAUCAGUACUAAGAUUCCUAUCUCCUCUUUUCUUUUAGCAUAGUUUUACCAUUCUUUAAGCCUUUCAGCCUUUCAGUUUUUAUAGAGUUUCCACUAAUCGUGUACCCCUGCAAUUCUUUUCCUUUCUCCAUUUUUCCUUUUUAAUAAAGUUUGCUUCACUAUUUUGACC